UUUUUUUUUUUCCCUUUUGUGAAGUGUUCAGUAUUUUAUUUCUCCCUCAGUAUUUCUAGGCUGCAGAAGCAGCCUCACAGGCACUAUGGAAUCACUUCUCCCAUUAUCUGGGCUCCUCCUAAGGAUGUAGAUUGAAUCCGUACUCAGAAGCCAGUUGCAGCAACGAAGCCAUUUUGGGUAUUUGAAGAGCAGGAGGAACUGAAUCACCAGUAUAACAAGGCUAAAAUUUGUUAACCUCUUGGGUUUUUCAGGGAAAACUUAACAUGAAUUUCCUUUACAAGCUGGUGGUUCUUGGUAAACUGAGUAACUUGUUCCAAGAAUGGAUUUCAGAAUUUGGUGACAUCAAGAAUCUUCCCCCUUCAGCAGCAGCAAAUGUUGGUGUCAAAAUAUUUACCUUUGGUUCUUACAGGCUUGGAGUACACACUCAAGGUGCUGACAUAGGUGCUGUUUGUGUUGCUCCUAGACAUGUAGAAAGUUCGGAUUUUUUUCAGUUGUUCUUCGAAAAACUAAAGCAUCAGGAGGAAAUUAAAAAAUCUAAGAGCAAGUAAA